AUGUCAGACCCCCCCAACAACACCCAAACCACGUUUAGUGGCGGCGACCCUCCUGCCGACAAUAAUUAUACCGACAAUAAUAAUGAACAGACUAAUAUUAAUGAUAUGCAAAAAAUUAUUGCUGUUGAACUGAAGGAGAAAGAAAGUUCUCAUUCCAGAGGACCUCAUUCUCAUGAAGCUCAUCACAUCAAACCCUCGACAAAAAUCCAAAAAAAUAAUGAAAAACCAGACUCCCAUAAAAAAAUUGAAACUAUCCACAAAAAGCUUGAAUCGAAUGAUAAGCAUAAUGCUUCUUCAAACCACGAAACCCCCGUUGAAACCCCUAUUGUGAAUGUUGGUCCAACCUUGAACCCUACCUUUGACUCUUCACCAGAUGGUGGUGAUGUGGAAAUUGACGCAACACCAUCACGUGACAUGGAUGUUCUCAUGCCGGAUGCAAAUCCAUUUGGUGAUAAUUUGAAGCCUGGGAAUACAUCUUAA